CCGGCCCCGCUCCCCUCCACACCCCGGAAUUGUGCCUCAACGUCCAUCUUUUCUCCCUCGGACGACCGAGAGGAAGAGCGAGAGGGGGAGAAAGUGUCCCCGGCGCCGCUGAAGUUUUGUUGGGCGCCCGGCAGAGGCCGGUAGCGGCCCGCGCCGCCAUGGACUUCCCCGGGCCGCAGCCCAAGCCGGCCCCCGCCGCGGGAUCCGCACCCGCCACCGCCGACGGCGCCAAGAUCGCCUACCCCCCCGGCGUCAAGGACAUCACCGACAAGAUCUCCAACGACGAGGUGGUCCGGCGGCUGAAGAUGGUAGUAAAAACCUUUAUGGACAUGGAUCAGGACUCAGAAGAUGAAAAGCAGCAGUAUCUUCCACUAGCUUUGCAUCUUGCAUCAGAAUUCUUCCUCAGGAAUCCCAAUAAAGAUGUGCGUCUCCUUGUAGCAUGUUGUUUGGCGGAUAUCUUCCGGAUCUAUGCUCCAGAAGCUCCAUAUACUUCCCAUGACAAACUUAAGGACAUCUUUUUGUUUAUUACAAGACAGUUAAAAGGUUUAGAAGAUACAAAGAGCCCACAGUUUAAUAGAUAUUUUUACUUACUAGAGAAUUUAGCUUGGGUAAAAUCUUACAACAUCUGCUUUGAGUUGGAAGAUUGCAAUGAAAUUUUUAUUCAGCUCUUUAGGACCCUUUUCUCAGUGAUAAAUAAUAGCCACAACAAGAAGGUUCAGAUGCAUAUGUUGGAUUUGAUGAGUUCUAUCAUCAUGGAGGGAGAUGGAGUAACCCAGGAACUGUUGGAUUCUAUUCUCAUUAACCUCAUUCCGGCACAUAAGAAUCUAAAUAAACAAGCAUUUGAUCUUGCAAAAGUCUUGCUGAAAAGAACAGUCCAGACGAUUGAGCCAUGUAUUGCCAAUUUCUUUAACCAAGUCCUGGUGCUGGGAAGAUCUUCAGUGAGUGAUUUAUCAGAACAUGUAUUUGAUCUGAUACAGGAGCUUUUUGCCAUCGAUCCUCAUUUAUUGUUGUCAGUCAUGCCGCAGCUUGAAUUCAAACUGAAGAGCAACGAUGGAGAAGAGCGACUGGCUGUUGUUCGUCUCUUAGCUAAAUUGUUUGGUUCUAAAGAUUCUGAUUUGGCAACCCAGAAUCGUCCUCUUUGGCAGUGCUUUCUUGGACGAUUUAAUGAUAUUCAUGUUCCCGUGCGCCUAGAAAGUGUGAAAUUUGCCAGUCAUUGUUUAAUGAAUCACCCGGACCUAGCAAAGACCUUACCAGAAUACUUAAAGGUGAGAUCUCAUGAUCCAGAAGAAGCAAUUCGUCAUGAUGUCAUUGUCACCAUCAUAACAGCCGGCAAGAGAGACCUUUCCUUAGUCAAUGACCAGCUACUUGGCUUUGUAAGGGAACGGACCCUAGACAAACGGUGGCGUGUCAGGAAAGAAGCUAUGAUGGGCCUUGCCCAGCUCUACAAGAAAUAUUGUUUGCAUGCAGAGGCAGGAAAAGAAGCUGCAGAAAAAGUGAGCUGGAUAAAGGAUAAACUUUUACACAUAUAUUAUCAGAAUAGCAUCGAUGACAAAUUGUUGGUAGAAAAAAUCUUUGCUCAGUAUCUUGUCCCACACAAUCUGGAAACAGAAGAAAGAAUGAAAUGUUUAUAUUAUUUGUAUGCUAGCUUGGAUCCAAAUGCUGUAAAAGCCCUCAAUGAAAUGUGGAAGUGCCAGAACAUGCUUAGGAGCCACGUUCGAGAGCUUUUGGAUUUACAUAAGCAGCCUACUUCAGAGGCGAACAGCUCUGCCAUGUUUGGAAAACUGAUGACUAUAGCAAAGAAUUUGCCUGACCCUGGAAAAAGCACAAGAUUUUGUAAAGAAAUUUCAAUCAGGUCCCUUGGUGAUGAUGAAAAACUCCGGUCUCAGCUGGAGUUAUUAAUCAGUCCCACAUGUUCAUGUAAACAAGCAGAUGUCCUAGUUCGAGAAAUUGCCCGGAAACUAGCAAAUCCCAAACAGCCAACAAACCCUUUCCUCGAGAUGGUCAAAUUCUUUUGGAAAGAAUUGCCCCCUGUGCACAUUGAUUCAGAAGCCAUCAGUGCGUUGGUGAAACUGAUGAACAAAUCAAUAGAGGGGACCGCCGAUGAUGAAGAGGAGGGUGUUAGUCCAGAUACCGCUAUUCGUGCGGGACUUGAACUUCUCAAGGUUCUCUCUUUCACGCAUCCUACCUCGUUCCAUUCUGCAGAGACCUAUGAAUCUCUCCUGCAGUUGCCUCAGGAUGGAAGAUACAAAGUAGCCGAAGCUGCCAUACAUUUUAGGAACACAGGCCACAAAAUAGAAACGGACCUCCCCCAGAUAAGAUCGACCUUAAUUCCCAUUUUGCACCAGAAAGCAAAGAGAGGGACUCCGCACCAAGCGAAGCAGGCCGUCCAUUGCAUUCAUGCUAUCUUCAGCAAUAAAGAAGUGCAGCUUGCCCAGAUUUUUGAGCCCCUCAGCAGAAGUCUGAAUGCCGAUGUCCCAGAGCAGCUCAUAACCCCACUGGUCUCUCUGGGCCACAUUUCCAUGUUGGCACCAGACCAGUUUGCUUCCCCGAUGAAGUCGGUAGUGGCAAAUUUUAUUGUGAAGGAUCUUCUAAUGAACGACAGGUCUACAGGUGAGAAGAAUGGCAAAUUAUGGUCUCCGGAUGAAGAAGUUUCUCCAGAGGUCCUCGCAAAGGUGCAAGCGAUUAAACUCCUGGUCCGAUGGCUAUUGGGUAUGAAAAACAACCAAUCUAAAUCUGCCAACUCAACUCUUCGGCUAUUAUCAGCUAUGCUGGUUAGCGAGGGGGAUCUGACGGAGCAGAAGAGAAUCAGUAAAUCUGACAUGUCUCGUUUGAGACUGGCUGCCGGGAGUGCCAUAAUGAAGCUCGCUCAGGAACCCUGUUACCAUGAAAUCAUUACCCCAGAGCAGUUCCAGCUAUGCGCCCUCGUAAUCAAUGAUGAGUGCUACCAGGUGAGGCAGAUAUUUGCCCAGAAGUUGCAUAAGGCCCUUGUGAAGUUACUACUCCCAUUGGAGUACAUGGCAAUCUUCGCCUUGUGUGCCAAAGACCCUGUGAAAGAGAGAAGAGCGCACGCCCGACAGUGUUUGCUGAAAAACAUCAGCAUCCGGAGGGAGUAUAUUAAGCAGAAUCCCACAGCUAACGAAAAGCUGUUAUCUCUGCUGCCUGAAUAUGUUGUUCCAUAUAUGAUUCAUCUGCUGGCCCACGAUCCAGAUUUUACAAAACCGCAGGAUGUCGACCAACUCCGCGAUAUUAAAGAGUGCCUGUGGUUUAUGCUUGAAGUUUUAAUGACGAAGAAUGAGAACAACAGCCACGCCUUCAUGAAAAAGAUGGCCGAAAACAUCAAACUCACCCGAGACGCCCAGUCUCCGGAUGAGCCCAAGACAAACGAGAAACUUUAUACCGUCUGUGAUGUGGCCCUCUGUGUUAUAAACAGUAAAAGUACUUUAUGCAAUGCAGAUUCAUCUAAGGACCCCGUCCUCCCCACCAAGUUUUUUGCCCAACCCGAAAAGGAUUUCAGUAACGACAGGAAUUAUAUUUCAGAAGAGACAAGAGUUCUCUUAUUAACAGGAAAGCCCAAACCCGCUGGCGUGCUCGGGGCGGUGAACAAGCCCCUCUCGGCGACCGGACGGCGGCCCUAUAUCCGAAGCACAGGCACCGAGGCAGGAAGCAACAUCACUGGGAACUCUGAGCUCAGCCCCUCUGCAGGAAAUCGGUCCAGGGAGCCGUGUUCAGAAGCUUCAGAAACGGGGGUCAGUGAGAACGAGGAGAAUCCCGUGCGAAUUAUUUCAGUCACACCAGCAAAGAGCGAGCCUGGAAAGAACAAGGAAAUGAACUCCGAUCAGGCCGCCCAAGGCAACAUCAGCACCGAGCGUGGAAAGAAAAGAACCACGGCUGCCGCUGGGACCGAGAACAUGCACCAGCAACCAGACGAGAAGAAGGUAGAUGAAAGCGGCCUGCCCGGCCCUCCCAGAGCCAGGAGAGGACGCCCGCCCAAGUCCGAAUCUCAGGGCAGUGCAGCCAAAAGCGAGGAGACCGGGAAAGCAGCUGGCAGGGGAAGAAAGCGGGCGGCAGUCAGUCCAGAGCACCCCGGGGGUCUGGAGGCAGGUAACCCCAAAGCGUCCAGACUGCAGGACAUAGCCAAAAAAGCAGCAGCAUCACAGAGGCACAUUGAUUUACAAAGGUAAAA